CUUCUCCCACCUCUCCCUCUCCUCGCUCCUCCACCCGCCGCCGCCGCCGCCGCCGCCGCCGCCGCGGAGCAUCCACCGCAGGGGAGCGACAUGGGAGGGUUUGUCAAGACCCAGAAGACCCAUGCCUACUUCAAGCGUUUCCAAGUCAAGUUCAAGAGACGGAGGCAGGGAAAGACUGAUUACAGGGCCAGGAUUAGGCUCACCAAUCAGGAUAAAAACAAGUACAAUACUCCCAAGUACCGGUUUGUUGUGAGAUUUACAAACAAAGAUAUCACAGCUCAGAUCGUUUAUGCUACCAUUGCCGGUGACAUUGUGAUGGCAGCAGCGUAUUCCCAUGAGCUGCCUCGAUAUGGUCUUGAGGCUGGUCUCACGAACUAUGCGGCAGCCUACUGCACUGGCUUGCUCUUGGCUCGCCGUGUGCUCAAGAUCCGUGGUUUGGACCAAGAGUAUGAGGGCAAUGUUGAGGCUACUGGGGAGGACUACUAUGUUGAACCAGCUGAUGAAAGGAGGCCUUUCCGUGCUCUCUUGGACGUUGGUCUCAUUAGGACCACUACUGGAAACCGUGUCUUUGGUGCCCUGAAGGGUGCUUUGGAUGGUGGUCUUGACAUUCCUCACAGUGACAAGAGGUUUGCUGGUUUCAAGAAGGAUGAGAAGAACCUUGAUGCUGAUAUUCACCGCAAGUACAUCUUUGGUGGCCAUGUGGCUGACUACAUGAGGUCUAUGGCGGAGGAAGAACCGGAGAAAUACCAAGCCCACUUCAGUGAGUACCUGAAGAGAGGAAUUGACGCUGAUGGCAUGGAGGCACUCUACAAGAAGGUUCAUGCUGCCAUUCGCGCUGAUCCUACCAUGGCCAAAUCGACCAAGAAGCCACCAACCACCCACAAGAGGUACAACCUUAAGAAGCUGACCUACGAGCAGAGGAAGGCUAGGCUCGUCGAAAGGUUGAAUGCUCUCAACUCCUCUGCUGGUGCUGAUGAUGAUGAGGAAGAGGAUGACGAGUGAAGAGUGUAGCCCAUCACCGUAGUUCUAUCCUUAUGCUGCCAAGCAAACUCCAUAUGGCAUUUAAGUUUACCUGUAGUCUUGCAAGUUGCAACAGGCAUUUUUGUUUAUGUUCUGCACUCUGCGCAUUGAACCUAUUUCCUUCAGUUUUUGGUUGUCAACCUGGAGCUGUCGAUUAUCUUAAUUAUGUGAGGCGUGACUGUUUGGAUAUU